ACCGUGCUUGCUUCAAUCUUUGUGGGCGUAGCUCGGCGAGCGUCUCUGCUGCAAGCUCUCUUUGUCCGGAUCACGCCGCAGUCUUCAUCAAGCGCCACCGUCGAAGAGCAAGCUAUAAAGUAGUGGAAAUCGAGGCCUGCUUUCACAUUGGCGGCAGCGGCAGCAUCGAAGAAGCAUCGUUGAAGUAACAACCUGCCUUUUUGCAGGUUAGUAUUUCUAUACUUCGUACUUUUUUUCCUAUUGCUGAUGCUGCUGCUGCUGCUGCUGCCAAAUUUGUGACCAUGUCCUGCAAUGUGAUAUGUGCCACUUGUGAGCUAACGCUUACUGUUUUAGACUCUACCAUUGAAUGUAGUGACUGUACUUCUAAAUUUCACACCGGAAAAUGCUCAGGAAUCUCGGACACGACAAUUAGGUCAAAGGGAGAUGCAUACCGCCUGGCUUGGCGCUGCACGUCUUGUAGAAGACAGAAAUUGCGUGUGCAACCCAACAAAUCUAGUGAUGAUUCUGACGCGCAAGACGUGCGGCAGUUGUUAAUGACAAUUAACGGAAAGCUUGACCAGCUGUUGCCACUCCGAGAAGUAGUUGAAGGCAUUGAAGAUACUUUACAAUUUCUGAGCGAACAGUACGAUGAACUGCAACAACGAACAGAGCGAAAUGAAAAUGAGAUCAAGGAACUAAAACGCAGAACCGAAAGGCUUGAAGGAAACGAGAGUGACAUCAAUCAGCUGCCAGCUGAAAUUGACCAACUUGAAUGGAGGAGCCGUCGCUUAAACCUGGAAUUUCAUAGGAUUCAGUACUCUGAAAAAGAAAACCUGCUCGAAAAGCUAAACAAUGUAGCCGUGAAGCUCGAACUUCCACAGCUCUCAGAAAAUGACGUUGUUUCAGUUCACCGGCUGCCGUCAAAAAAAGAAAAGAUACCGGGUAUAAUCUGUCGCUUCGCGAAACAAGCCGAUAGGGACCGCUGGUGGAAAAGCAGAAAGAAGUUGCGUGAAUCGAAAGACGAUGUAUUCCUGCUUGAAAAUGUGACAAAAAGGACCCGUGAUUUACUCUUUGAGACAAAGAUAUGGGCGAAGCGCGCGAACUACAAAUAUGUGUGGCAUAGCAACAGCCGUGUUCUUGUCCGAAAAGCAGACGGUGAACGCGCAGUGGCUGUUUCUACCGCGAGAGAUCUUGAUAAGCUCGUUUAAAAACAGUUCUUGAUAACGAUGACUUGUGCAAGUGGGGAGACUUACACAUUGCCACAAGUAUUCAGUCAGCAUUUAGGUAAAAAAUUUCUGCAAUCCUUUAAAUGCUUUCAUCUGAACAUCCGCUCAGUCUCAAAUAAAAAAAACGACCUCUA